GGAAAGGUGCGCAACUGGUCACGGGAAACAACAAGUUUUGUAUUUCUUUCUAAAGGUAGUAGAUUCCGUUGCUUGGUACCGGCCUACAGGGUAGGCUUCACGUUCCAUCAGCGAAAGAGGAAAUCUACACACACACAUAUACACACGCACACAUACGCAAAAGAAGUUCACUUAUCUGUGGCAGUUGUUGUCUCACUUUCCAUUUUAUUUCUUUUGUUUCUUUCAUAGACCGACAGCCUUUUGCACACCUAUACAUAGACGUAUUAUUCGAGUUUCUGAAUCCUGCGAAAGCGGACGCGUAGAUUUUUCUGAUUACAUUACUGGAUAAAUUAGGUUUAAACCUGAUAGAAGCGCGUAGGCGGAAUUGCGCGCGACAGCUUAUAAUACUGCUACAGCUUUCUUGCGUUUUCCCCCUCUCUUAUUGUUCUUAUGAACGUCAUUGGGUUGGAAGAGAGUCCGUGCGAUCAGCACUGCACACCUUCAGCGUCGGCCGACUCGCAUGGCGAAUCGCGGAAGGACCACACGCUCGUCAACGUUUCUUCUAGUUCCUGCACAGAUGCACACGGGCCUACCCGUGCGGUGACGGCGUCGUGGCUGUCCGUAGCGGUGACCUGCGAGCUAAGCGUGAUUGUGCAAACAAGAGCGGCCCCCGAUAAAUCGAGUAAAGAUGACCUUUCACCGCGCCUCGCCGCGUGCCACGGUGUCACUGGAAGCAAGUCAGCGCCACAUUUCACACGUGUGUCGUGCGUGAACAUGCAAGAGCUCUGCGAGCGGCACCACGGCGUGCUGUCACCGCCUUUCACGGCCGAACGCGUCUUGGCAAAAGAUGUCAGCACUCGCAGCAACAUCGCUUACUCCCUCCCGGAGAGGAGCGGGUGGGCCCGUGAUCGUGCGAGUUCGCCUGGUGGAACGCAAUCGUGGGCAUCGGUGAGAACGACACGGUGCUGCAGUGCUGCUCCGAUCGCGUCGAAGCGCGAGCACGGUGCGAGUGUCAAAGGGAACACGCAGUCGAACCAGGGAAAUGCCAAUCCUUCCUCCCCCCCAUCUUCACCUUUGCCUCGACAAGUCAUGGAAAGCGUCGCCCAGGUGGUGGCCGCCGCGCGCGAGCUGCCCACCAUCGCUUUGCUUUUACGCACUCCUCUUAACAGCGGACGUGUGCUGCUUGUCCUGCGGCCGGCCGUGCAGUGUUUGCAUCAUAAGGGUGUUCUGGAGUACAGGGUAUCGCUCUGGCCGGUCAGCGAGAGCGUGCAGUGCGUGGCGGUGCGUCCCAAUGGCGACGGCAUCUUUGCGCUGUGCGAUCGGUUUGCGCAGAUGCCUCUAUCCCGCGCAGGUACGACAAGCACAACGGACGAAGAGGUGCAGGGCGGAACGCACUUGGUGCUCCGUGGCAGCUACGUGCACACGGCAGAGGGUCAAGCAACAAGCCCGAUGCUACAGCCCGUCCUCUUGCAUGUGAGUCUGCGUGGGUCGUCGCCAGUGGAGCGAGCAACCCCCCGAUCGCUACUGCGCGCUGUUGUAUCAGGUGUGUUGUGUCGGUGUGCGCUGCGCCAAGAUCCACACACGACCGCGCACAUCAAAGCUCACGCUAGUGUGACGGAGUUGUCGCUGUACACCACAGCGGGGCACGUGUUGGUGUUUCAGCCGGUGCUGCUCCGCGGCGCCGCACAGAAAGUAAAUGCUCCUGACGAUGAAAGUAGAGCACUGCUGAUUCCCGGGACAGGUGUUCGUGCCCCCGCGGAUCAGCAACGGCAAGAAGUCAUGUUUUACACGUGCUGCUAUGGCACACGUUUGUCCUACUCCCUCCUGACCGGGCUCACCUCCCACAUGGCGAGUGCAAUGCGGACAACGUGUCCGACUCCGUCGAGUACGGGGCUGUGCGUCGCGUCUCCCUGGCGAUUUGUCGACCAGUGGCGCCACUCUGUUUGGUUCCGGAGGGCGCUGGAGGGCGGAGACAAUUACGCUGCUGCAGACGCGGCCGACGCGGGACGUCUGCAUCGUCGACGUCGUCGUCAUCAUCCGCCGUCAACGGUGCUCGCGACGAGCACCAACCGUCGCGUGUGGCUCAUCCGCGCUGGGGCGCAUCUCUCCCUCGUGACGGUGCCAUCUACCAUGCUAAAAGAAGAUGCGGUCACGGACGCUGCACCUCAAAGCUGCUCCGCUGCUGUGGUGAAGUUGGACCGUCGAUAUAUCUUACACGACGCGCAGUUUGUGCAGUCCGGCAGUCACGGUGGCUUUCUGUUGCUGUGCCGGAGUCGCGGCAGCACUGCAAGCGGCGAUGGUGACGAUGAAGAUGCUGGUGGCGACAUGAUUUUUUCGGGGGCGUCUACCCACGCAGCCACGCGAGAGCGGUACGUUCAUUGCACCUCCGCUGGUCAGCUGUGUGUGUUUUUCCUCUCCCUGUUGGCGAUGAACGCAAGCGGUGCUGAUGACGCCCGUGCACCGGGCUCGUUGUUUCCGCUGCCGCUGCAGCUACCACCUCGACUAACAUCGAAGUGUUCAUCUCUUGUCAGUCCUUCACACCGUCUUCGAUUCGUCUGCGCUGCCACUGCCGUAGCUGGUGAUGACGCGCCCGCCGGGGCGUUGUCUGCACCUUCGCUCGGGCUUUACGUUGCCUUCGCCAGCAGCGCACGUCCGAGGGAGGUGUGGACGGCGGUGGCCCACGUGCCUUCGCUAUCAGCGUGGUGUCCCGCACACGUUGAACACAAUCUCCGUGCGGUGUCCGAUGACGAUGGCUGUGUGGAAGGUCUCGCACGGCGUGUACAGCAAUGUAUGACACACGCCGUCAGCGCUGCCCUUCCUUUUACCGUCUUGACCCAGGGUGCACAAAGCGUUGAUGCAGCGAUGGCGGUGUCCCACGCACUUUUCUCCCCUCCUACCACUGCCUCGUCUGCCGCUGCCGCUGCUACCUCAGGGUUCUUCCCAUCACCGGCAACGAACUCGCUUGAAGCGUCCGUGGAGGUGGCCCUGCUUCACCUUGACGGUCCUCAAUGUAGCAGCAUCUGCCAUUUAAGUGAUGCCUUGAGUUCCAUGAAGGACGUUUUGUAUUUCACACUCCAAUCCUUUUUGGGUGUUGCUCUCGCGGAGCACGAUGACGCAGAUGUUGCGAUCGCUGGGGAGGGGGUGGCGUGUGUGACGGCCGUCUUCGCCGGUUUUUGCGCUGCGGUGCGCAUGAGCGGACUCCUGGCCCGCGCCGAUCACGUAGAAACCGAAGCGCGGGAUGGGACAGACGGGACGGGGCCGCUGCCGCCGCUUCGUGCCACCACGAGUGUGCUGUUGCUGUCUCUGCACUGCAGUGCCCAGCAGCUGCAGCACGCGCUAGAGGACUUGUGCGCGAUGGGGCACGUCUCUGCCCUUAUCGCCUGUGCGUCGCACCUCAUGCAAACCGUGCAGUUCCCUUCAUCUUCCGGCAUGCACGAUAGUGGCGUGUCCAGUGAAAUAUUCAAGUGCACCCCCGAUGCGGUGUGGGCGUUGCUGAUGCGGCCUUUGUUUGAUUUAGUGUGGGGCGUCGUGCAGGACUACGGAUUACCGGCUGAUGUGACCAGCGAUGUUCUCCUCUACUGCAGUCCAGCGGUACGCGCGAUGGCCAAGUCGGGCCCCUCGUGGUGGAAGGUCAACGACAAGCAGCCAGUGAAUCCGCUGACCGUCACGCCGGGCUCCGUGGCACUUCGCGCCGGGGAAGAAAAGGCAGAGGUGGAUGCAAACCAUCGAGGUGCUGCAGCAGCGUUGACGGUGACACCGCCCCCUCCUGCCGCGGAAGCUGUGCGGUCACGUUCUCCGGCGGCUGCGCCAACCGCCGCCUCUCCUGCGGCCACAACCUACACAAGCGCGGAGCUGUACGAAGUGGUGCGUCGCGUUUUCCUUUUGCACGGUGCCACCGCUGCGCUGCAACUCGUGCACCAGUUGCGCCAACAGGACAGCACUCGUGAGGCCAUGGCGGAGAUGGCUCAGAUGUACGAAGCAAUGCAGCAGCGGUUAGAUCAAAUUCGCGCCUAA